ACCCUAAGAAAUAUAGGAAAAGGCCCAUUAGGCAUUAGCCCCCUUACCUUAGCUUCUCAUUUUGUCUUGUUACUUCUCUCUUUCCAUUGAUUUCUGGCCUCCAGUUUUCUUUCUACUUUCAAUCUCAAUCACUGCAAGUACUCCCUCUUCUCUCCAGACACCCUCAAACUCCAUUGUUGUAACUCCCGUUUGUAUUAUACAUAGAACAAGGAAGACAUGGCUUCCUGACGAAAACGUGUGCUUAUGUGAUAAGUUUUGGAAUUUCAAGAAUGGAAUUUUCUGGUGCUUUGUUUUUUGCUUUGCUGGCUGACUUGUAUUACCAGUUCAGUUGACUUGCAGCAAUCAUAAAACAUUUGAAAACUCUCCUUUUAGUUCCUGCUUCUGUCUCUGUUUGGCCGCACGUUUCUACUGAAUUUGCUUUAUCUAUCUUCUACUGCAAGGAUCUCAUAUUGAUAUAUUUGUAGCAACACAGGCAAAAGGGACUUCAUUUUUCUUUGAUUCAUAAUUGAUUUCUCCAUGGAAACUUCUGGGUUGGGUGGAUUCUUGCGGAACAGGAGGUUCGGAAGCUACUUCGACGCCAGCACGGGGCCAAACACCGAGCCGCCGCCCAGAGCAAUGGUGGAUGGACAGCAGAAAAGGGCAGGAGGCCAUGAAUACUACACGGACGACGACGACACCGGGUGGUUCCCGGUGCUUAUAUCAUGGGUGAGAAUUGUCGUGUGCUUUGUGUCAAUGAUGUUGACGACGUUCAUAUGGGGUGUGAUCAUGGUGGUGCUGCUGCCGUGGCCGUACCAGAGGAUUAGGCAGGGGAACAUCUACGGCCAUGUCACCGGGAAAAUGUUGAUGUGGAUUUUGGGGAAUCCUAUAACGAUACAAGGCGCUGAGUACUCGAACGAGAGAGCCAUUUAUAUAAGUAAUCAUGCAUCCCCCAUAGACAUCUUCCUUAUUAUGUGGCUUACUCCCACUGGAACUGUUGGCAUUGCAAAGAAAGAGAUAAUAUUUUAUCCACUCUUCGGACAGUUGUAUGUUUUGGCAAACCAUCUGCGGAUCGACAGGUCGAAUCCAAAGGCAGCCAUUGAGUCCAUGAAGGAGGCUGCUGAUGCAGUUGUUAGGAACAAUCUGUCAUUGAUCAUUUUUCCAGAAGGCACACGGUCCAAGAAUGGACGUUUGUUACCUUUUAAGAAGGGGUUUGUGCACUUGGCGUUGCAAACACGUCGCCCGAUAGUCCCCAUCAUCUUGACGGGCACCCAUCGAGCUUGGAGGAAGGGCAGCUUGCAUGUUAGACCGGCGCCUCUAACUGUAAGGUAUCUUCCUCCUAUCAGAACUGACGAUUGGACGCCCGACAAAGUCGAAGACUAUGUAAAACUGGUUCAUGAUGUUUAUGCCAAGAAUCUGCCCCACUCUCAAAGGCCUACUCCCCCAGCAUUAUCAGAAAAUGGUGGUUCUUGCCGAACUGUGGCUUCAUAGCUUAGCAGCUCCGUCCAAGGUUGCUGGCUCUGCAUUUGAAGCUUGAGUUAUGAUGGUAGUUGGAAACAUAGUCUUCUGCUACUGACACAGAGCUAUUCAGCCAAGCAAACGCCGAUUUUUCUCCAAUAAAUUGGCUCUCAAAUUUGAUGUAGAAAAUUCUUAUAUGUACUAUGUGAAUUUAUAGCGGAAUAUUGGUUCAAUACGUCGAUAUUUUUUAAAAAUGAUAGUUUUUAUAUUUA